CCUGACUCGGCUAACUUCCUGUGAUACGAAUGGCAGCAUUGUAAACAACUAAGCGGUGCUCGCUGUGCAUAGCAGAACCUACCUGUAGUAACAGAAAUGUAAUGAGAUGCAUUGUGACUGUCCUACACAGCAGCUGAAGAGACAAGUUAAUCAAGCUCCAUACCAAGAUGUCUUCUGAUGAGGAAUAUUUCACUCCCAAAGCCACACCAGGGGGCACUUCAUUCACCAUACCUAUUAAUGCUGAUCCACCUCCCAGACAAAUUGGAAACAAUCGAAGACUUCCUUCACUUGAACCUAGACCUCGAUCAAAAUCUCCCAGCAAAAUACCAAAACCAGUGCCAAAUGAAGGUGCCACUUUCACUGGUGGGGUCAGUGCUGGUCAAGACAUUCCACUAAACAGUACAUUCCGUAUAUCUAAAGGCACUGAACCUCUGUUGGGUAAAACACCUCUGUCCUCUAGUACAAAACAUGUGAAGCACAAGCAUCCACAUGGCAAGAGUCAUGCACAGAGAGGUGAGGCACAAAACCUGCAAACUGUAGAUGAAGGGAAGGAAAAACACAAGAAAAGAAAAACCAAAAGAAAGCAUGCAAGACAUGGUACAGGUGAAAGCACUGGGACUUUUACCAUAGAAAGUAAGCAAAAUAGCAAUGGCAGCACUGGAACUUUUACUGUGGAUAAUCCUGCCUUUGAAGGGGAAAAUGUAAAAACUGCCAGUGUGGCAUCCAUGCAGAGUAGAUCUACCUACAUCAUGUCAACAGAAGACAAGGUGGAAGAUGAGGAGGCCCCAGUGGGCUUUGGAUUAGGAAGACAGUUGACAAAAUCUCAUCGAAAAGAUGCUAGAGAAUCAGAUAUGAAGAUCAAGCAUAGGUUUACACUUAACAAGGCAAAAAUUAGGUCUUAUGUCUCAAAUCAGAUUUUCCACCGAGAAUGCUCAGCCUACAUACCAGAUCCCAAAAAAUUAUCAGAGGGAAUGUGUCAGUGUGGUCGCAGUAAAACUUGGCAUGUAGAUGAAGAAAUUGACAUUUCUAAGCACACAAAGGAUGAGAAAUGGAAUGGAGAGAACCAUUCUGAACAAGUCCCUCCAGACUGCUUUGGAGAGAUUUUAUUCUCUGGGUUUGGCUAUGACAAUAAAGUCCCUGCACCUUACAUCAGAGUAGACCAUACCACUGAACGGAGUACUCUGUGGCAUUUGCUCGAUGAUUACUGGAAGUUGCCAGCUCCUAGAUUGAUCAUCACUGUCACAGGCGGUGCACAGAAGUUCUUUCUCAGACCUCGUUUACUGCAUGCAUUUAAGACUGGUUUGAUAAAUGCUGCAACAGGAACAGGUGCGUGGGUUGUAUCUGGUGGCACAAACACUGGUGUGAUGAAGCUUGUGGGUGAAGCGGUCAGGGACCAUUCAUUUGCCUCAGAUGUGGAGAGUAGCAAGAUUAUUGCCCUAGGAGUGGCUACAUGGGGUAUAAUCAGCAACAAGGAAAGUUUGGUUGGAGAGGAGAAUAUGGGAUGUUUCCCAGCACUGUACAGAAGUGAAGACCUUCGUCAUGGUGGGGCUGGGACAGCUGCCCUAGAUCCAAACCAUACACAUUACAUCUUUGUGGAUGAUGGCACAGAAAACAAGUAUGGAGCAGAAAUCAAAUUGCGAGCAAAGUUGGAGCAGUACAUCUCUGAAAAGGUGGAGACUGGCAUUUCAAAAACAGAGAGUGUCCCUGUCCCAAUCAUCUUACUGGUACUGGAGGGUGGGAUCAACACACUUCAGACUGUAGCAGAGGCGGUCAAGCAGGACACCCCUGUGGUCAUCAUUGGGGGUUCUGGAAGGGCAGCAGAUUACUUAAUUUGUGGCUACAAGAUGACCAGAAGCAAGGAAAAGGGAAAAGAAGAAGAAUCACAGUACCCAAGCAAUUUUGAGGAUGAAAUGGCAGAAGAAGCAAAAUCCCUGUUUGAUUUACAUGGCUUGGACCAAGAAGAAGUGGAAAAAAAUAUCAAGAAAUGUUUAAAAAAUUUGAAGAUUUGCUUGGAUCACAGAAAACUGUUAACAGUGUUCCGUCUGAAUGACUCUACUUCAGCCCGUGAUAUGGACAAAGCCAUUCUGUAUGCUCUUUUGAAAGCCAACAAAUCGGAUGCAAGAACCCAACUUAACUUGGCACUGGCUUGGAACAGGCCAGAUGUUGCAAGACAGCAAAUCUUUACACAGGACAACAGAGAGAAUUGGCAGAAAGUGGAUUUGUACCCUGCCAUGUACACUGCUCUGGUCCAGGACAGGCUGGAGUUUGUCCAUUUAUUCCUGGACAUGGGUGUGGACCUCAAGAAGUUUUUAACAGCCAGCAAGCUUCAGGAAUUAUACUAUGAUGUACUGAAAGACAGAUUUUCUGGUGCAGGAGCUUUUUACUUGAAGGAGAAGGUACAACAAUUGCAGCAAUCUUUUGCCAGCCGAUUAAGGAGUGGAGAUGGGGACCACGGGGACUUGGAUCAAAACUCUGUGCUGUAUAACAUUGGGCGUGUGAUUAACCGCUGUGUACAAGAUCAGCAAGACAAUUUAUAUGCAAGUCAGAAGCCUGGGAUGUGUGAGAAUCAACCCAGUGCUGAGGCAGGCCUUGCUGAGGACAUGACAAAUCAAAGAUAUACAGAAGUGAAUGAAGUUGAUGAGAGAGUGAAUACAAUAUCACAAUGUGCUCCAGGGGCAAAGAUGAAGAAAAAAAGGACCAAACUGAAAGAAGAACAAAAAUGUGAAUUUGAGAGACCUGAAAAACAUCUGAUGCUGUGGGCAGUACUUCUGAAUAGAAAGGAACUAGCAAAGUUGUUCUGGAAAAUGGGGAAAGACCAUAUAGGAGCUGCUCUCUUUGCCAGUGCCAUUUUGAAACGCAUGUCAAAAGAUGCAGCAGGAGAUGAAGAGGUGGACUUAGCCGAGGAUUUAAAAAAUCAUGGAGUGGAGUUUGAGGAGCUAGCAGUUGGCGUUUUGAAUGAGUGCUAUUCAAAGGACAAGAUCCUUGGCCAUCGUCUUGUGACCAGACAGUUGCCACACUUUGGCCAUGAUACAGUGAUGACGAUAGCUGACACAGCCAGACAGAUGCACUUCAUGGAGCAAGCUUGUUGUCAGACCAAACUUAAUAUGAUAUGGCUAGGAAAGAUGGUGCAACACACAUCAAUAUGGAAGAUUGUCCCGUCUUUGUUCAUCCCAUUUGUGAUCCCCUUCAUAAAAUUUCGCAUCAAAUCUAAACCAUUGAAAAGCUUUUCUGAGGUUAGAGGAAUUGACUUGGGCUCUGUGAAUCGAAUUGCUCCUGAGGCAGAGAAAAAAAAUGGAGAUGAGGAGGAGGAAAAUUCAGAUCCAGAUGGGGAUGGAGUGGAGUUUACCAGGUCAAAAACUAGACGGGAGAAAAAUCGAAAAGGAGCCAAGCACUCUUACUUCCAAGUGAACUGUUGUGGAUUGGACAAGGAUAGUAUAAGCAUUUUCCGUGCCUUUUACUAUUUCCACACUGCGCCUAUCACAAAGUUUUUAUAUCAGCAGAUUAUGUACAUAGUGUUUUUGUGCAUGUUCAGUUACUUCCUGAUGGUAGAUUUGCAUCCUAUGAAUACACCAGAUAAUUUGCACAUUUGGGAAAUAUUUGUUUGGAUCUUCAGUGGCACGUCAAUAUUGGAAGAGGUUAGGCAGGUCCUGACCAAAGAUUCACGUUCCCUGUGGUAUAAAUUGGCAGAUUGGUGGAAAAGUGUGUGGAAUAAACUAGACCUGAUCAUGUACACCUUAUUUAUAAUCUCAGUGGUCCUCAGGUUUACGUUGACUGAGGCAGACUUUGUACAUGCAAGACGUGCUUAUUGUCUCACCUUGAUCCUGCACUUUGUGAGAUUCUUGCAGGGUUUCAUGAUCCACAAAGAUAUGGGACCUAAAGUUAUCAUGAUAAGACGCAUGAUAACAGAUGUGAUUUUCUUUGUGAUGAUUCUCCUGGUGUUCCUGCUAGCCUAUGGAGUGGCUGUGCAGGCACUUUUGUAUCCAAACCACAAGCGAGACUGGUCUAUUUUGAAAGAUGUUGUCUACAUACCAUAUUGGCAGAUGUAUGGAGACCUGUUCUUGGAUGAGACUUCAGGUAAAAUUGACCAGUGCACCAGUAAUGCCACACUGUACUUACAAGACAAUGGACCACAGAUGUGUCCACAGCAGAAUGAAUGGAUGACCAUUGUGUUGAUGGUUAUCUACAUGUUACUGACCAAUGUCUUGCUACUCAACCUCCUCAUUGCUAUAUUUAAUUACACUUUCCAGAAUAUUCAAGACAAUUCAUUAACAGUGUGGAGGUUUUACCGUUUUGGACUGAUCUACGAGUAUCAUGAUAGGCCACCGCUACCACCUCCUGCAAUAAUUAUUAGUCAUAUUGUCAGGGGAAUCAUGUACAUUGUUAAGAAAUGUCGAGGAAUUAAAAAUUCUGAUGACUCUUUCAAGAGAGUAUUAUCUGUAGAUGAGCAAGAAAAGCUAACUGUAUUUGAAAAGGCAGGAAUGGAAAGUUACUUAUUACGCACCCACCAAGAGAAUGAAGCCCACAUGGCCAAUAAAAUAUCUACUGCUGGGGAAAGGAUUGAGCAAGUGAUAGAUGACCUGGAGCAAAUAAAAGAACAAAUUGAGGAUCAAAAUCAAACAAGUGUUCCAGGCCUUAACAGCACUUUUAACCCUCCUGUAGAGCCAGAAUUAAGACAAAGUGUCAGUCCAGCAGAUGAAACUGCAGACCUGCAAAAGCGUCUAAAGGAAUUAGAGGACCAGGUCAGCAGGCAAACUAAUCAUUUGGAACAAGUCCUGAAACUGCUGCAGCAACAUGGUUAUGGUGGUCCUGCCGGGGACAGCAAGGAGGGAAUGACACACAUCUCAAGUUAGAGAAAAUCCUUGUUUCUAUGUGAUGUUCCAUCAGAUACAAAAAUUUCAGAGUCAUUGUUCUUGUUUUCUAGAAGUAUUUUACCUUUUGUACAUUUUGUAUAUUUUUUUCCUUUUUUUAUUCCUAAAUCGAGAUCUGCAUAGUAAUUCUUUACUCAUUCGAUUCAAAAUUAUAAUGUCUUACAUUUCUCAUCUACGGUGCCCAAUUAAUUGAUUACAAAAAGCCAUUUAAUGUGACAUGCAUGUUAUAUGCACUGAGCUGUGAUGUGUCAAUCCACAGAAUGAAUCUCCUGUCAAAAAUUAUUUGGCACUAUUUGAAUGAAUGAAAUGAAAUUUAUUAGGAGUACAGGAAUACCGAAUGGAGACGUAUGGUCAAAUCCAAAGAUGAAUACAAUAUAAAUGCUUUUUAUUUGAGUUUCACAAUUGAGCAUGUGCCAUAUAAGAUAUGGUGCCAGUAUGUACUUUUGUUGUAUGUCAGUAUACACCUGUGGUUUUGAUUGAAGUGAGAUUUAGAUAAUUUUUUUCAUGUUAUACAUAGUGCUGAGAGGAACUUUUUAUAGAUACUGUUGUUACUGAGUAUCAGAAUUAUAUUUAAAUAAGCUACUUUUAAUAUCCCAAUCAAACCAUCAUUCUCAGGAAACCAAAGACAUUGUAAAAGUGCACAUAGAAAGAAAGCAUGUUUGUUGGUCAAAAAUUAAUGGAAUUGAUUCCUUAGUUUUCUCUAAUUGCAUGUAACACUUAAAAAUGAUUCAGAUAAAGAAAGUUGGCUUAAUGCCAUACCAUAAUAUGUUUGGAGCCAGGAAUGAUGAAUCUUGAAAAAAAUUUUGAAACUUGUAUUUUACACAGUAAAGUCUAAUUAACAUAUUUGGAAUUUAAACUAUAAAUAGAUUUAUUAUUGUUGUUGUUGUACAGUAAUAAGUGAUGUGAUUAUAAUUACAGGUUCAUCACAUUGUCACAUGUCAAUUUAUAAGACAAUUUUUGACUUAUCAAAACAGAAUGAGGUUUAAGCACUGUGAUACAAGUUUUAAUAUCAUUCCAGUGUCAUUGUAACAUUCACAGGAUAUGUGUAAUGUAACAUUGCAGUAAAAAUGAAGGCAGUUGUUGCUGUUACAGUAGUUAUAUGGACAUUUUUACAUGCCUUAUAUUUAAGCAUUAAAAAUAUUUUGACAACACUUUUUUACAAUGAAAAUCAAGCAAUAAGUUUACAUUCAUGAUGAAAAUAGUUCAGGGAAGAUUUUAACAUUCCAUGAGAGAUAGAGGUGAUUCGUUCAAGGUAUCCUAUCCAAGUUUUUCCACCAAAUUUUUAUGAUCAAAUUGUGUCACAAAUUUUUCUGUUGCUAUGCCAAGCCCAUUAUAGUUGAUUGCAUACAAUUAAUGAAGUGCCCAUUGCAGGUAAUCACGUAAAUGUGGUCUUCAAACAAUUUAGUUGAUUGUUAAGUACAGGAAUAUGCUAGAAACUUAGUGAGUGCUUGCAUGUGAUUCUGGUGCUUGGUAAAUGGAAGCUACUUUUGUCUCUGCAAACUGUUUGAAGGCCAUUGAAGACAAGGAUAACAACAUUUUCCUCCAAUAAAUGUAUUAGUGAUGAAAAUUACACUCCCAUAAGAAAAUCUUAAUCACCAAUUUGAUAGAUAUAAUGUUUUUCAGGCAUAUUAUAAAUUUUUUGUACUGGCCUAAGAUCAACCCGUCCCCCUUUUCAUAUAUUAAAUAACAUAAUACUAUACAAGUUGAAUAUUACCAUCUUUUAUAAUAAUUUUUAAUUAUAAGUGUUUAUUUGGAAAAUGUUUUGUUGCUUGAUAGUCAACCUUUAACAGUAUAAUUGUUUAGCAACGGAAUUCUGAAAGAAUGUUAACUUAUGUUAAUCAGAAUAUAUCAUAACUGUGUAGUUACUUUUUAGUUAUGGUUUGAAUACUCUAUUUUAAUUUAUAUAUAAAUAUCUGUUACCUUACCUAUUUUGCCUCCUACCUUAAAUCACUUUUCCUUGAGAAAAUUUGCUUGUGACAUUCCAUAUAUUGAUAUAUUAUCUCAUAUUUAUAUUUUUUCAUAGUAUUGAGGGCCAAUUUGUUGAAAUAUCAUUAUAUCUUGCUUUAUUUAUUUUAAUAUCAGAUGUACAUGUCACCUGUUAAAUAAAUAAGUAGUUGCGUUUUAGAUUAUAAUAAGGGUAAACUCUUUAACUUGUAUCUUUUUUGGUAAAGCCUAGCUUUGACAAAAAUUUCUUAUAUUUGUAUGCUUUUACUUCAUCAAGGUGCAAUAGCCAUUACUUUAAACUUAUAGUCUAUACACUUAUAGUCAAUUCUUUAAACUUGUAUAUAUGUACUAAUGUUAAAGUUAGAUGUUUAACAACUUUACUUUUUUAUAAUUAUCUGUGGAUCUUUUUCUGAAAUUUAAGUCCACAGUUAUUUCACAUUGAAACUGACUUUCUUAACCUUCCAAUAAUCUAGUUAUUCUAAAUUAAAACCCACUUUUGUACAUGGGUAAUUUACACAGUAUCUUUCAACUGUGAUAUAUUGCAUUCUGCAGAUUUAUAGUAAAUAAAAUUUUAGCAUCUAACACAUUGACUGAUGAUACUUUUUUGUCAUCCUUGAUCAAAUGAACGACAUUGAUGAAACCCAUAAUGCUAAUAUUAGAUUAAAUAUACCUCCUCCCCUUUACCUUAAUUUCAAUAGCACAAAAAUGUUAAUAUACUCUAAGACCCCAUUUCCAGAGAUUAGAUCGAUCUACUUUAGAUCGACCUAACUCC